CCCCCCUCCCCCGGCCGGGCCGGGGUCCCCGCCAUGGAUCUGCUGCCCCCCAAGCCCCGGUACAGCCCCCUGCGGAACGAGUCGCUGUCCUCGCUGGAGGAGGGGUCCUCGCCGGGGUCCCCGCCGGGCCCCGGCCCCAGCCCCAGCCCCACCACCCUCUGCUCCUUCUUCUCCCUGGGGGGCGGCCCGCGGCCGGGGGGCGGCAGGGCCGAAGACUCAGCCCGGACCCCCCGCCCGCCCGCCGGACAUCUCCCCCAGGAAAUGAGUCGCCUGGGCAGCGGAGGAGGAGGCGGCGGAGGAGGAGGAGGAGGAGGAGGAGGAGGAGGGGGCUCCGGAGGAGGAGGAGGAGGCCGUCGGACCCGGGUGGAAGGAGGCCAGCUCGGCGGCGACGAGUGGACGCGGCACGGCAGCUUCGUCAACAAACCCAGCCGGGGCUGGCUGCACCCCGACAGCAAGGUCCUGGGGCCCGGAGUCUCCUACGUGGUGCGGUACAUGGGCUGCGUGGAGGUGCUACAGUCCAUGAGGGCCCUGGACUUCAACACUCGGACCCAGGUCACCAGAGAGGCCAUCGGCCUGGUGUGUGAGGCCGUACCCGGUGCCAAGGCGGCCGUUCGCAGGAGAAAGCCCUGCGGCCGCCCGCUGACCACCAUCCUGGGGAGGAACAACCUCAGGUUCGCGGGGAUGGUCGUCACCCUGACCGUGUCCACCAGCAGCCUCAACCUCAUGGCCUCCGACUGCAAGCAGAUCAUCGCCAACCACCACAUGCAGUCCAUCUCCUUUGCCUCCGGUGGGGACCCGGACACGGCUGAGUACGUAGCUUACGUUGCCAAAGAUCCCAUCAAUCAGAGAGCCUGCCACAUCCUGGAGUGCCCAGAGGGCCUGGCACAAGAUGUCAUCAGCUCCAUCGGCCAGGCCUUCGAGCUGCGCUUCAAGCAGUACCUGAGGCACCCGCCCACCCUCGUCACCCCCCACGACAGGAUGGCCGGCUUCGAGGGCUCCGCCUGGGAUGAGGAAGAGGAGGAGGAGGAAGAGGAGGAAGAAGAAGAGGAGGAGCCCCAGGGCCACCAGUAUUACAACGACUUCCCCGGGAAGGAGCCCCCCUUGGGGGGCGUCGUGGACAUGAGGCUGCGAGACGGGGCCGCCGGGCCCCCCCGCCAGCCCCCGCCCGGCGGCCCCAACCUCCUGGGGGCCACUCUGCCCGUCGGACAGCUGAGCGGAGCGGACGGUGACCCGCGGAAACAGCCGCCCCCGGCCCCCGGCCAAGGCCGGGACAUGUUCGACGACCCGUCCUACGUCAACGUCCAGCACCUGGACAAAGGGCGGCCGGGAGGCGGCCCUCCCACCCCCACCAACGGCAGUGCCACCCGUGACCUCUUCGACAUGAAGCCCUUCGAGGACGCCCUGCGGGCCCCGGCGCCCGGGUCGGGCGCGUCCCCGGCCCCGCGGGCGGCGUCCAUGGAGGAGCAGCUGCGGCAGGAGGCCUGGUUCCACGGCAAGAUGAGCCGCCGCGAGGCCGAACAGCAGCUGCGCCUCAACGGGGACUUCCUGGUGCGGGAGAGCACCACCACCGCCGGCCAGUACGUGCUCACCGGCCUGCAGGGCGGUCAGCCCCGGCACCUGCUCCUCAUCGACCCCGAGGGCGUGGUGCGGACGAAGGACCACCGCUUCGAGAGCGUCGGCCAUCUCAUCAGCUACCACAUGGACAAUCAGCUGCCCAUCAUCUCGGCCGGCAGCGAGCUGUGCCUGCAGCAGGCCGUGGAGCGGAGGCACUGACCGCCCCCCCCCCCCGACCCCCGG